GUCUGGAGCGUGAGGUUAUAGCCGACGACCUCCCCCACCCCUUUGGUCUGACCCAGUACCAGGACUACAUCUAUUGGACGGACUGGUCUCAGCGCAGCAUCGAACGGGCCAAUAAGACAUCGGGCCAGAACCGUACGGUCAUCCAGGGUCACCUAGACUACGUGAUGGACAUCUUGGUCUUCCACUCGUCACGCCAGGGGGGCUGGAACGCCUGCGCCUCCACCAAUGGGCAAUGCUCACACCUCUGUCUGGCUGUACCAAUCAGCAGCUUUGUCUGUGGAUGCCCCGCCCACUUCUCCCUCAACAAUGACAACAAGACCUGCAGUGGUGAGAGACACACACACACACACACACACACGAGUAUGACGGUGGUGUGGAGCCAAGUGGGCGGUCCUAACCUGGGCCUCCAGCCGUUUGACCUGAGCAUCGACAUCUACAGCCGCUUCAUCUACUGGACCAGCGAGGUCACUAAUGUCAUUAACGUGACGAGGACAGACGGCAGCCGGGUGGGAGUGGUGCUGAGAGGAGAACACGACAGACCCAGAGCCAUCGUGGUCAACCCAGAGCGAGGGUACAUGUACUUUACCAACCUGCAGGAGCGCAGUCCUAAGAUAGAACGAGCAGCGCUCGACGGGACAGAGAGAGAGGUGUUGUUCUUCAGUGGCCUGGGGAAGCCCGUUGCCCUGGCCAUAGACAAUGAGGUCGGCAAACUGUUCUGGGUCGACUCAGACCUCCGACGCAUCGAGAGCAGUGACCUAUCAGGAGCCAAUCGGAUUGUGAUUGAGGACUCCAACAUCCUCCAGCCGGUUGGUCUGACGGUGUUUGGUAACCACCUGUACUGGAUCGACCGUCAGCAGCAGAUGAUCGAACGCAUUGACAAGACGACCAGGGAGGGAAGGACCAAGAUCCAGGCUCGCAUUGCCUCUCUCAGCGACAUUCACGCUGUCUACGACCUCGACAUGAGCGAGUACAGUAAGCACCCUUGUACCUGGGACAACGGAGGCUGUUCUCACAUCUGUAUCGUCAAGGGAGACGGAACCACACGCUGCUCCUGUCCUGUUCAUCUGGUCCUGCUGCAGAAUGAACUCUCCUGUGGAGAACCCCCCACCUGUUCUCCAGAACAGUUCUCCUGUGUAUCCGGGGAGGUGGACUGUAUUCCCCACGCGUGGCGGUGUGACGGCUACCCAGAGUGUGAUGACAGCAGCGACGAGGGAGACUGUCCUGUCUGUUCAGAUUCAGAGUUUCAGUGUGACUCCAGACAGUGUGUUGACCUCAGCCUCCGCUGCAACGGAGAGGUCAACUGUCAGGAUCGCUCAGACGAGAACAAAUGUGAAGUGCGCUGCUCUCCGGACCACUUCAGCUGUUCUAGUGGUCAGUGUGUGGGGAAACAUCAGAAGUGUGACCACUCUACAGACUGCUCUGACAACUCGGACGAGAUGGGCUGCUACCCGACUGAAGAGCCGUCCUCCCAGCCCACCAACACCAUCGGCUCCAUUGUGGGGGUUGUCAUGGCGCUGUUUGUGGUGGGCGCCAUCUACUUGGUGUGCCAGCGCGUGCUCUGUCCCCAGAUGAAGGAUGACAGGGAGACUGUAACCAAUGACUUGGUGGUCCACGGCCCUUCUGUUUCUCUGGGUUAUGUACCUCACCCUGCCUCUCUGUCCGGGUCUCUGCCAGGUAUGUCCAGGGGGAAGUCUGUGAUUGGUUCGUUGAGCAUCAUGGGCGGGUCCAGUGGCCCCCCUUACGACCGCGCCCACGUAACUGGAGCCUCCUCCUCAAGCUCCUCCUCCACCAAGGGCACUUACUUCCCCCCGAUCCUGAACCCUCCUCCAUCUCCUGCGACCGUCAGGUCUCAGUACACCAUGGAGUUUGGCUACUCCUCCAACAGCCCGUCAACGCACCGUUCAUACAGUUACCGUCCCUACACCUACAGUCACUUCGCCCCUCCCACAACCCCCUGCUCCACGGACGUCUGCGACAGCGACUACACCCCCGGACGCCGCGCCCCGCCCACCUCCAACUCCGGCAUCGCCAAAGGUUACACCAGCGACCUGAACUACGACUCCGAACCCUUCCCCCCACCCCCCACCCCCCGCAGCCAGUACCUGUCAGCGGAGGAGAACUGUGAGAGCUGCCCCCUCCCCUAUACGGAGCGCUCUUACUCUCACCACCUCUACCCCCCGCCCCCAUCACCCUGCACAGACUCCUCCUGAAACCCCUCGCUGUACAUAACAACUGUUGAUAUUGUGUUUCUAAAAGAGGGGGAGGAGAGGAGGCUGUUGAGGGAUGUACAGAACAUAUGAACAGAGAAACAGGAAGCUCGGGGUGGAAGAAAGAGCUCCGGGAACAUUUGUACAUUUUAAUAAUAGAAAAAAGCCUAUCUAUAUAUUUUCUAUACAGCGUUUACUGGAUACGCCGCAGAGGUUUGUAUCCAAACAUUUGUACAUUUAUUUUUUAUUUUUUAAGAAAACGUUUUAUUAAAACCAUCACAAACAUGAUAAGUUGCCUUAAAUCCAGAAGAUACAAACAGUUGUCUGUUUUUCCGAGGCUGGAAGAACAUUUCAAACGCGUAGAUGGAACUAUCUGACGCCAAAUAACCAUGACAACGCCCGGAACAAUGGAUGGAGGGAGUGGUGAGGCAGGAUGACGCCCCCUGGAGGUGACAGACAGCUACUGCACCACGGCACUCUGCAGCCUGGGCAGCCAUUUUGUAGUGGAUCAGUGAUCCCCAUAGUAACCAGUCAGCUGGUUUCCACAGUAACAGACAACAAGGUGUACUGAGUGAUUUGAGCUCCUUUCUAAUGGUUUCCUGGUUUUCCAGGACUUCCUGUCUGCCUGUAUUGCUUCAACUAGGUACUACAUAUUAUACAAGCUCCUUAUUCAUCUAACAGGGUACAUAAAGAACCUCUGACCCGACCCGGGGCCCCUCGUCACUACCACAAUACUCCUGACGCCCGACCCGGGGCCCCUCGUCACUACCACAACACUCCUGACCCGACCCGGGGCCCCUCGUCACUACCACAACACUCCUGACCCGGGGCCCCUCGUCACUACCACAACACUCCUGACCCGACCCAGGGCCCCUCGUCACUACCACAACACUCCUGACCCGACCCGGGGCCCCUCGUCACUACCACAACACUCCUGACCCGACCCAUAGGUCCAGGAAGGGGUGGGGUACAGAGGUCGAGGUCAGGGUUCACAGAAGUUCAGAAAGACAACGUCAUCACGCUGUCUGUUGUGUGAUGGGGAAACAGAUUCUCACAUCUGAUGAGGUUAUUACUGCACAAUAUUCAACCAAAAUCUAUGUUCUGUCAUCUGAGGUUAUUUUAUAUUUUUCUGUAUGUUUUUGUUUUAAAUGCCAGACUGCAACUGAAGAUUAUCUUUACCCAGAACACAUCUGGUACUGAGGGGGGUUUAUCUAUCCUGUCUGGAUGGGACAGACCCAGAACACAUCUGGUACUGAGGGGGGUUUUAUCUAUCCUGUCUGGAUGGGACAGACC